AUGCCUGUAACAGAAACUGGUCGUAUCUUGUUUUGUGACAUUUGUUUCACUAUCAUCUCGAUACCGCCAUUUGCACAUCGAAAUUCGAACGCAGCCGGCUGCAAAAAGGGUAAACUUCUUUUUGGAUCAGAAAGCGUUCUUCACGUUGGCGUGGGUUGCGUUAGGUUGGCGUGAGUUAGGUAAUGUAGGAAUUUAGUGAAGUUUAGAGGGUGGUUUUUUAAAAUAUUUUGAAAAUUUUUAAAUUUGGUUGAUAUUGUGAAUCUACCACGAGUUUUAGGUUGUACGGUAAAAAUUUUUUAGUAUGAUCCUCGAUAGUAUGAAACACUUUUUAUAGUGACAUACAGGUUGUCUCAGUUAUUAUUUUAAUAAAUUACUAUUGUUAGUUGUUGUUUUAGUUACAUUUGUUGUUAAAAAAAUAUUUGAUUGAAAAACCGUAUAACAGAACUUUUGGCGCACUCUGUGUUUACUGUAAAAGGGUCAGGCUGGGCAAUUUUAAAAAAGCGCGUGCCAGGCCUGCGGAUUUGGGUUAGAAAGCCGGGUCAAAAAAUUGGGUCAAACUUGUCCCUUUUACAGGCCUACAGAAACAUUACGAUACAAUUUUUCUCAGUUGCUAUCUUAAUAAAUUGAUACAAAAGACCGGGCCAAAGAAAUUUUAAAAAAGCUUGGUUAAAAAAUUAGGCUUGGCUUGGCUCUCAACGUAUUUUACCAAAAAAAAAAUCAAUUAAAAAAUUUUUAACUUUAUAAAGUAAAUGGUUAACACCGUUAAUAAUGUAUCGUUCAGAUUUUUUAUCACAGAAAAAACAUUAUUAAAAACUUUCCUUUUUUGAUGACAUGAUGAAUAUACACUCAUUCUGUUAUCAAUUUUUACUGCGUGAAAUAACUAUAACUAUAAUCUUACUCUCAUCAAAUUUUAUUUAGCCUUAUGGAUAAACCUAACACCAGUCGACUAUCAUCAAGGAUCAGGCUCUACCACAAACCUCACACUAACAUAACCUCAGUAACCCAUAAGUCAUCGUCUAUAUCAUCAAAACACCGACUAUCAUUCCUACUAUUAAACACUCUAUCACCAACCCUACUGACUUCUUCUAUAAUAUGUAUAUCAUUCCUAUCUCUUGUCCCAACAGUGUCAUCAGACGUCUACACAGGCUACAACGCUGCCAAUAAAUAUCAACAUAGAGCUGGUGACAACAAUGCCCCAGUAAUACUGCCCAACUAUUACCAUGCUCCAAAUGACAAAGAAAAUCGACCACAUGACUUUUGGGCUGAAAAUGUGCCAAAACCACAUUUUCAUGGUGGUCGACCGAUCGAUUUGAAGCUUCAUCAGCAUGUUGGAGUUGAUGAAAGUGACUUCCCACAACCAAAUGCUUUUGUCACUGACCGACCUGGCACUGGCAUGAAUAUUAGUGAGUUUACAAUAUAAGUAUUUGUUAUCAGUAGAGUUUCUAAGGUCUUCAGAGCGGUCUCCGGCUAUGAAGUUAAAGACGGUUUUGGUCAUGGAUUUAAAGCCAAAGCAGAAAUUUGUAAAAAGGCACCGCCGAAGCUGGAUCUAAGCAAGAAAGUGCUGAAUUUCAGUACUAAAGACCCUCGAGGCCGACACUGCUCUUUUCUUCGCGUUAGAACUAGAACGAAAGCUUAUAGCUAGGCGAAGCCAGAGCUGAGGCUAGAGCCGGAGCAAGCAUUUAUCAAAAGACAGAACCGAAGCUGAAGCCAAGCCAGAAAAUGUAAAAUUCCAACACUAGAAACCCUCGAGACUAGCACAGCCCUGGCAGAAACUAUAAGCUUUAAAUUUUAAAUAUCCGAAUUUCCGCCUAUUCGGUAAAUUUGGCAUUGUGUUCCGAGCACUUUUUUCGACCUUCCAGACAAGCUAUGUUCACAAAUGUAAAAAUAUAGGUUCACUUAAAGGUUUUCUACCAAAAUAUCAAAAAAAAUGAUUCAAUGUUAAAAAAAAUGACAAAGUUAUAAGCUUGAAACACUAUGCCAAUUUGGCGGGAAGUUAAAAACGCAUGUUUUUUGAUUUCGAUUUUCUGGAGAUUGACUGCGCAAUUUAGUACUUUGUUGAAGGUCUUAUAUUUACAUGUUCUUUCUAUAUAAAAACUUUGAAGUUAAUCAGAAGGAGGCAGGUCGGGCACUUUCCUUGUCAAAAAAAAUUUCCUUUUUAAAUAACAACCAUAGCUCAUUUUUACAGAUAGAUACAACAACAAAACGUACAAAACAGAUAGAUUUUUUUAUGCUUUACAAAGCGUAUGUCAUCAAAUUUUAACAACCUUUCUUAAAAAACUUACGUACUAUCUUUUCCAGACCACUCCCCCUGUUCAUCCCUCCCAAAGUCUUCUAGUAAUGACCAAAUUGAUCAACUCGAUGAUGGUGUAGAAGUUCGUCAACAUGCUUACAAUCCAGAUUGUGACAGCUUUGACCAAGUUCAAGUGACCCCAUCACCUUUUAAAGUUGAGUAUGAUCCUAAAGUUGUACCUUCCAUCUCUACUAAGCUACCUUAUCCUCAGCCAGGUGAUCUGCUGUACCAGAAGCCUUUUCCAAAGCCUCAGAGUAUUGUGUUGGAUUCUGGGGAUAGUAAAGGGUUGGAUUCUGGAUACAGUGGAUAUGGGAAGACGAAUUCUGAAUCUGUUCCUAAAGAAAGGUUGACUUCUGGAUCUACCGUGAAUAAGAAGCUAGAUUCCGAAUUGUAUGGCUAUUCAGAUUCUGAUUCUACCGUAUCCAAAGGCAAAUUCUAUGAUUCUGAAUCAGAAGCUCAAAAAGUUACAGAUCGACCAUUUGAGACCACUUUAUGGUCUUCCAAAGAGUCUAAUUGGCCUAUUGAUACCAACUCCAACUAUGAUUAUGAUGGCAACUCCAUCGUGGCUAAGCCUAUAGACCAGCCGAACAAUUCUGAAGCCAAAAAAAAUGAAAAUUCUAAUUCUAAUGCUUCUAACAUCCAAAAUAGCAAUGAAAACUCAUCGACUUCAGAAGUCAAUAUGUCAGAAAUCGACUGUUUAUCCUACCAUAACAUUGACCAUCCAGCCUGUAAUACUGUAACUCAAAGACCAAAGAUUCAGCAUGUUGUGUCAAAGUUUACCAAAGUUCCUUUUAAGCUAUCGACCAGUGGAUCAUUUAUCACACAUCCUACAACAUUGGAGUUCAUUUGGAAUCACACCACAAAUCGACCGAAAAGUGGUCGAUAUGAGUCGCCCAAUAGCUCUAAUAAUCUUUAUGAUCAUAAAGUACAUCAUGAUGACAGUAAUAAUAGUAAUGAUAACACAAGUUACGGUAAUGACAGUCCAAACAGCUCAAAUUACGGUAGUAACUCGAACAUACCAAGUAGCUACCAUAGUAACUCAAACAGUCAUCAUGAUGAGUCAAACAGCAAUAACUACGGCAGCAAAAAUUCAGAAUUCCCGUACGAUGUAAACUCCUCAACUUACACAACAAAAAGACCAGUAUACCCCCCAGGAGCAAUACCACCAGAAGAUACUGUAACUUUAGCAUACGGUAGCCAUAAAAAUAUAAAAACUAAGAAAAUUCACAGAUAUUACAAUGACGGACAUACUACAAGAUCCGGUGGUUCGUAUGUUACUCAAGAUGACUCGGAAGAAGCUCCUUUUACUGCCACACAAGAUCUUUAUACUAGAACAACACCAGUAUACGGUAACAACUAUGGUGAAUAUACUACAGCUUUGCCUCGAGUAGUUCUACCAGAAGUACCAAGCUACUCUGUACCAGAAGUACCAGCCUACUCUUUACCAGAAGUACCAAAAGUAGUACAACCAGAACUGUACCACAAUGACAAUAACAACCCAUACAUAUCUAAUCAAACAUACGAAGACCAUAGCCCUGAACAGUAUACUGUAGAACGGUUUACUGUAACAAAACCUAUCAUAGAAAGCGGGUAUGAGUUUAAUGGAGAAGAGAAGAGUAAGUACGACAGCUAUCCUAAAGUAGAAGUUACUGAUGAAAGUUACCAUGGCGGCACGGUAAAGUCUACGCCUAGUACUGCCAGUACUGAAAGAGCUCCAUAUGUACCUCCCGUUACUGUAACGCCUAGUUGUAAGUUUUAUUAUUGUAUCUUAGGCCCUACCCUACCCUACCCUACCUUAGUCUACAGUAUCCCUAUCUUCCUUACACUAUCCUUCCUUGUUCUACCAUUCCCAUAUUGGACCAUGACUUGUCUUACCUUUUCCUACCUAUAGUCUACCAUAUCCAUAGAAUACCCACUCUAUAGACAUUCUACCCAAAAAAUACCUUAUUAUCACAUUACCAUACCCUGAAAACUUUAAACUUCAACACAAAAUUCAGAUAACCCAUACGAUGCCCCAGAAGCUCCACCAAAGCACACAGCUCACCCACCUGGUCAACAACCUCCAUAUGAGACUCCAGUUACAGUAACUCCAAAAUACAUUCCUACAACAACUUAUAACUACCCUACUUCUACUGCUACACCCUAUACUUUAUCUACAACAUCAACUACAGCCUAUGAAGCUAGUACUGCUAAUCCAUAUGAUAUAGUACCCAGUACUGUAAACCCAUAUAAUGUUAGGCCUUCUACUGUAAAUCCCUACAAUGUUACUCCUAGUACUGCCAACCCUUAUGAUAUUGUAACUAGUACUGUGAAUCCAUAUGACUUGUUACCAGAAAUUCCUACAGCUACUGUAGAUUACAAUAACAGAUUCAAGACAGUUAUACCGCAAAGAAAUGCUUAUCCACCUGGCCAAGAGCCUCCAUAUGAAGAAGAUAGGAAGUCAAAUUGGAGGGAUGGAUACGGUAUGGUCAACUAUUAGGUGCCGACAUAAAGAAACCGCCAUUUUUUUAUAGGAAAUGACAGGCAAAGUAUGGCGGGUUCUUUAUGUCGGCACCUAAUAUUUUCAUUUUGAAACUUAAUAUUUGAAAAAAAACUUUUUUGAUACAAAAUACAGUAUACUUCCUAUAUAAAUAUCAAAACACACAAACAUACUGUAAGAAUCAAUAAAAAAAUUCUUGUCGUUUUUUAUCACACAAUCCUUUGUUAAAAAACGACAUCACUUUGUCUCAUAUUCAAAAAUCAAAAACUUUAUUUCCAGACUACGAAAAAGGCUUCAAGCACCCCCACCCAACCCCACCAACCACUCCUCCUCGAUACGAUGCCUCUUCAUCGUACAGUAAUGUUGUUGUACCAACAACAACCCAAAAAGCCUACAGUAUACCACAAGACUUCCCGACCCCAUAUCAACAACUUGAGGUCACAGCUUCUACUAAAGGGUACGAAAGCUCUGAAAGUUAUGAAGCCGAGAGUAUACUGGCUUUGUCACCUACACCAUUCAGUGUCACACCCACCACAACCGAUUAUACAGUUUAUACUACUGUAGCACCACGAGUUGUCACUGUAACCGCGAGACCGGUUAGUAGUACUGUUGGAGUUAGUAAAACUGGUAAGUUCGUUUAAAUUGACAUUUUUUAGUUUUUAUGAAGUAAAAUGGCAGAAACUUUCUUUACAAAACAAAAAAUAACAAGAACUUUCUUUACAAUCUAAAAAAUGGCAAAAAUUUUCUUUAUAAAAAAAUGGCAAGAACUUUCUUUACAAAACAUAUAUGCAAAUCAUCGUAUAAAUUGGCACCCGCAGGUUGCAAAACACUACACUUAUCUGUAAACUGCAAAAACUUUCUUUCCAAAACAAAAAAUAUAAUUGUUUUAGCUCCAUCAUCAGUAGCUUAUCAAGUAGAAGAAGAACCCUUCACUCCUCCUUUACCAUCUACCGUAUCUCCAUCUAUCACUCCAUUUACCGUAACCGACGACCUUCUCGAGUCGUACGCCAAAACUGGUUUUGCUGGUGCACAUGGUGCAGAUGACUAUGAUUCUCAAGAAACCACGGGUAUUGACUACACAACUCCAGCUUCAUCACAAUUCACACCUACAGUAUAUUCUACAGUAUCCAUUUCCCUGAAGCAUACUCGUAACUAUGCUGAUAAUGAUGCUGACAUUCCAGUUAAAGCCAAGGUUGCUGGAGGGCAUGGGCAGCAAAAACCUUGUUGUUCAUGUUGUCAAAAUGUUAGGCCUCAAGCUAGUUUUGUGAACCAGAUUACUGUACCUAGAACGAGUUAUGUUCAAACGAAUAGGUUGAGUUUAUUGCCGGUGAAUGAUGCCUACCCUGUCCCUGUUACUAAUACUCCAGCUCAAAGUAAGUUUAUGUUUUUGAUGUUUGUCGUUAUUGAUCUGUCCGGCACUACUGUUACUGUACUAUAAUAUACGAUAAUAUCACAAAAAAGUCAUUUUUAAAGGCUUUUACUGCACUAUAAUUAUAAAGAGGUUAAAAAGUCUUGUCGUUUUUUAAUAUUUUUUCCUUACUUUCUACCACUUUUUCUAAAAAGGCAUCUCAAAUUUAAAAACCCUCUCCCAAGCCAAAAAUUGUUGCCAGACCAACAAAGUCUUAUCCAAUAGCGCCGAAGCCGACAAAUCAUAACGAUGUCAAGAAUUGCACUUGUCAGUUUCCACCUUACGGUUUUCCAGGUGCGUCACCAUGGUUUGCUCCAGGCGGUGGACCCUUCCCAUGGGCGGUUGGAAGUCAAGGCUGUGGCGGUCCUUGUAAUGGCAAUCCUCAACCGUGUUGUGGACCUACUGCUCCAAAACCUUGUUGCCCUAAUGUACCAAAUUGUUGUCAGAGUAGGUAUUUAUGUGUUUAGAAGGCAAGGUAAAAUUUAAAGAACUAGGUAGAUAAGGGUGAGAAAUGAGCCAGGCUUACUAUUGUGGCCUGCCUCAGACUUUAGUUCAACGUUUAAGCCUUGCCAUUUAAAAAAUACAUAUUGUAUUAGAUAGUGUAGCAUUUAAUCUAAAACUUCAGCUCCAUGUUGUCCAAAGAUCAGUCUUCCAUGUUGCCCACAGCAAUCACUAUGCUGUGAUCAAGGUUCUGGAUGUGGUCAAUGUAGAAGUAAAGCGGCUCUCAGGCUUCGGACAAAACGAACUGUAAGGUUUUUUGAAAAUAAUUAGUCAAUGUUGUAUAGACCUGAAAAGCAUGUAAACCGAGCUUAAUUUUUAGCUUAAUCUUUUCAAGUUUGCUUACCCGAGCCGGGCCGCGCCGCGCUAAGCUGGGCCAAAGCCAGGCCACAGCCUGAUUAAGAUAGACCCAAAGCAGAGCCUUUAAGCAAGACUCGGGCAAGGCCAAAGCAAAGUUAAGGCAAAGCCAAGGUAUGGCCAAUUCUUGGCUAGCCGGACUAAAGUCGCGCCAAAGCCGGACUAACACCAGGGCAAGGCGAGCCAAUGCAGGGUCAAGGCAGGGCAGAAGCAAAGCAAUGUUAAGCCAAAGACACACCAAAGCCGGGUCAAAGCCGGGCCGAAGCAUGACCAACGCCGGGCUAAGUCAAGGACAGUCCGGGUCAAGCUUAUCUCUUGAGUCUUAUUUUAGGUUAAUUACUUUGUAUUUUAUUUUGUAAAACCAUCAAUUAUAGCUAUGUCUACCUUGUAACGGUCGUAAAAAGCGUGACAUUUUUGACGAACUGGUUCACACAAGGCAGAAGCGACUUGGAUGUCAAUAUUGUUCAAGGAAGAAGCGACAGACUGUAAGUUUUUCAAAUUUUAAAAUUUUAGCUUUUUAUACAGUGGAAAUUCUGAAUAAUGUAACGUAUUUUACAUGUCUUUGUUUUGCGGGGUUUUUGUUCCAUAGGAGUUCGUUAUACAAGAGUUCUACUGUAAUUUCAGAAUUAUUUAAAAUUUUAAACUUUUUCUUAAUUUUUAUACAAAAGCUAAAUCCACUUUGUUAAACCUACAAUUGUAAUGUUGAUAUUGUAGUGCCAGACCUGCACCUCCUUCCAACAAUCUAUUUUUGGCCGAGUACGAAACUCAAUGAGUUCGUGUACUCAAUGUCCCACUGUAGCACACCGGAAGAAGCGGGAAGCGGAAAUACAACAAUAUUAUGUAAGAUUUACUGUCGAGUGCUCUUGAUUUUUUGAAAGUAAUUUGGUAUGAGUAACAUUAUACUUGGUAAUGUUCUUUGUUAUGAAUUAUAUAGGGUAUUAUGGCGUCAAAUAUACUGUGGCUUUUUACAGACAAGCUUACGACAACAUGAUGGGGGUAUUGCAAAUGGAAAGUUGGGUUCAAACAUUGUUGGUAGUACAAUAUCAAGGCAAAGUCGACAAACAGUAAGUUUAUACCUUAGCCCUAGACUAGGGUCUUAACCCAGAGCUCUAGCCCAGAGUCCUAGCACAGAGCCCUAGCUCACACCUUUAGCCCAAAGCUGCUCUAGCUCUAGCUCUAGCUCUAGCUUUAGCUCUAGCUUUAACUCUAGCCCACGUAUUCCAACUACCCACUUAAUAUACCUAACAAAAAGUUAUAACAUACUACAAACUACGACACUUUAAGGUCACAUGCAUUAUAUGUAUACUGCUUUAUAUCAUGUAGCACAGUACAAAGUCUUCACGUAAAUGUAAACUAAAAAAUUUUAAAAAACUGUAAAUUAAACUCCAAUUUUAAAGAGACUUGCACUUUUAAAUACAAAUGAAACACUGUGUUUGAAGAUUCCGAAAAACUGUUUGUAGCUAAUAUCAAUGUCAUUAUUACAGUAUUCUGAACAAUGUGACGCCUCAUGUUGUGACUACUCGAAGUGUCCGUCAAGUAACCCUUCGUACAAUGUUGUACUUGCCACGUAG